CAACUUAUAUUAACACAAGAAUCACAUUGCUGAUUACUCUCUCACUUUCCGCAAUUUUCUCUCUCUAAAACGAGCCAUGGCUGCGUCUUCUUUCGCUCUAUCCCAAGCUGCCACCACCCUCUCUCCCUCCGCCGCUCUCCGCCAUGAAUCUUCCACUAAUACAACCCAACUACCUUCUUCUAUAUCCACCCUCUCCAUCCCCACUUUCUCCGGCCUCAAAUCCACCUCAACUCCCUCCUCACGCGCUGUCACUCCCCGGCGUGUAUCCGCUUCUCGCCGACAUAUCAUAUCUUCGGCCGCAGUGGAGUCCCUUCAGAAGACCGAUACGUCCCUUGUUGAUAAGUCUGUAAACACGAUCAGAUUCUUGGCGAUUGAUGCUGUUGAGAAGGCUAAUUCCGGUCACCCUGGUUUGCCCAUGGGUUGUGCUCCGAUGGGGCAUAUUUUAUACGAUGAAGUAAUGAGGUAUAACCCCAAGAAUCCAUAUUGGUUCAAUAGAGAUCGCUUUGUUCUCUCCGCCGGACACGGAUGCAUGCUUCAUUAUGCCCUCCUCCACCUUGCCGGCUACGACAGUGUUAAAGAAGAAGACUUGAAGCAAUUCCGUCAAUGGGGAAGCAAAACUCCUGGCCACCCUGAGAACUUUGAAACCCCGGGUAUCGAAGUCACUACAGGUCCACUUGGUCAAGGAAUUGCCAAUGCAGUUGGUCUUGCAGUUGCAGAAAAGCACUUGGCUGCUCGAUUCAACAAGCCAGAUGCCAAGAUUGUUGACCACUACACAUAUUGUAUCCUUGGUGAUGGUUGUCAAAUGGAGGGGAUUGCAAAUGAAGCUUGUUCACUCGCGGGUCACUGGGGACUCGGGAAACUAAUUGCUUUUUAUGACGAUAAUCACAUUUCCAUUGAUGGUGACACUGAGAUUGCUUUUACAGAGAGUGUUGACAGACAGGCAAAGGCUGUUACUGAUAAACCAACUUUGAUCAAGGUGACAACAACAAUCGGGUUUGGGUCACCAAACAAGGCGAAUUCAUACAGUGUUCAUGGAGCUGCAUUGGGUGCAAAAGAAGUCGAUGCAACAAGACAAAACCUUGGAUGGCCUUAUGAGCCUUUCCAUGUUCCUGAGGAUGUGAAGAAGCAUUGGAGUCGCCAUACUGCUGAGGGUGCAGCUCUAGAAUCCGAAUGGAAUGUGAAAUUUGGUGAAUAUGAGAAGAAGUAUGCUGAAGAUGCAGCCGAGUUGAAGUCUAUUGCUGAUGGGGUACUCCCAAACGGUUGGGAGAAAGCUCUUCCUUUUGAAUUAUCUACUUAG